AUGCUGCGUAACCUGGCGAUGAGCCUGCUGGCCCUGCACAUCGCGACGCCUGCGCUAGCCGAUAACGGCGCCUCGGGCCGCCUGCGGGCGGACCUCCUCGUCUCAUACGACAAAGGAGCAUAUCCGUGGGAAUUUGCUUGGGAAGCGGCGCUGGCCGACGGGGGGGAGCGGUCGGGCUUGAAGGUGGAAAUGGGCAUCAACUUCCACCGGGUGCACUCUGUGGACGUAGUCAACCACGCCACCGACUUAAUCGUGUGGUACCGGCUGCGGUGGCAUGACCCGCGGCUGGCGUGGAACGCCUCGCAGUACGGUGGCCUCGCAACGCUGCAACUGUGGGUCGGCGACGGCGCCUCGUCCGACGUCUCGUCCGACAUUUGGACGCCCGACAUGACCCUGUGGAACCAGGGCGAGUCGAUGCAGACCUCGCUCUCCAACGCCUUCGCGAGUGUAUCGAGCGACGGCACCGUCUUCUGGUCACGGCCCGGCCACCUCCGCCCCACUUGCAAGUUCGUAGGACUCGACCGCUUCCCGUUCGACGAGCUGGGAUGCACGAUGGAGUUUGGCAGCUGGAGCUUCAGGCCGACCAACCUCGAGGACGGCCUCUACCUCCGCCCCGUCAAGAUGGGCGACGGCUUCAGCAUUGGAGGCUCCGAGACCGCGGGCGAGUCCUUCCAGGAGUUUUCGCUCGAGGGCGUCGAAUGCCGCGAUAAAGUCUACCCGCCUUACCCCGGCGACCCAGAGAACGACUGGCCUGUCCUCCUCUACGAGGUGGUGCUCAACUUCAUCGGCUUCCUCUGCUUCAGCGUCCCGCCCCAGUGCGGCGAGCGGCUCGGCCUCGGCAUCACGGCGCUGUUCUCUCCUGCCGUGCGGUGCGUGGCGCUGCUCGCCGCCGUGGCGUCCGACUUUGUCAUCAACGGCAAGCUCCCGGCUGCAUCCGAAAUGACAUGGUUUGCACAGUUCUCCGCCUUCAGCCUCGCCUACGCCACGUUGGUGCUCGCCGAAUCAUGCAUCGUCAUCAGCCUCUACCACAAGACCUCCAAGUCGCUCCUGCCACCCUUUCUGCGCUGGGCGAGCCGAUGCGCGGCGGCAGUGGCAGGUCAAAAAGCAGAGGCCCCACCCCGCGCAGUUAGCAAAGCCGGCGACAGUGUCCCGGAGCUUUCGCAGCGCGAUGCCAACGACAGUUACGAGAUCAAGCCUGACGAGGCCGAGAUCAAGCGUUACGAGGCCGAGAUCAAGCGCAUCAACGGUAAGUGGCAGCGGAUCGCCUUCGCCAUCGACGAGGUGUCGCGGUGGGUGGUGCCCCUAUCGGAUUUCAAAGGGAAAAGGAUGUGCGUCACUACGUGCAUCACCGUGUUUGUAGGAUGUAGUCUCGCGUUUGUGCGCCGUUUGGGAGACCUCGUCGUCAUCGUCGGCCUGGCGAAGCAGCCGCAGUUCAACGGCCGGCGGGGGACGGUCAUCGGCGGCUUCGAGCCGGAAGGCGGCCGCUACCCUGUGGAGGUCGAGCUGCUGGCCGGAGAGGUGAAGCGGUUGAAGAUCAAGAUGAACAACCUGCGCUUCCGGUCGAGGGAGGAGGACGAGGGCGGAGCCGAUGCCGGCGGCGACGACAUGCUUGCCGGGACGCCAAGUGCUCCGCCCGCCGGCGGCAACGCGAGUGCGGGCGGCGCUGUCAUGCAGCAGCUGUUGCAGCAGAUGCCGGGGCCAAACGCGUUCGUGCCGCCGCCCGGCCUGGCGGAGGCGGUGUCACAGCGCAUGACGCAGCGUAUGGCCGGACACCAGGGGCAGCUGAGUGCGGAAACCGUGGUCACGCAGAUGGCUGCGGUUCUCGAAGAGAUGCGGAUCCUCCCACCGCCCGAUGGAACGUGA